AUGUCAGCGUGCCUGGAAAGCGAGGAUGAAGACUCCCAUGACUCCUGUGUGGCAGAAGACAAUCAGCAGUGCACAGUUCAUGCAGAUUCUGUCUGUGCUGAUAUUUUUGCAAGGGCAAAACAGUUACCACUUGACUCAGAGGCUGUGGUGCCCCAUUUGCAGGAGCUGCAGAAUCCAUGUGACUUACCACCCGUGGGUCAGUUUUCCCAGGGGUACUGGCCAAACCAAUGUGAAGUCAGCAGGGACAGAAUUGAGCACAUUGAUUGGAUACCCAGUAGUCCUGAGCCAUUGUACACUCCAACGGGUUUGGAGAUCACACCAUCCUACCAACCUCCUGACAAGGGCACUGUGAUUUAUCUAGGAGAAGAAUCGUAUUUUAUGUAUUCCCAAGUGAGAGGUCUCUACCCUGUGAAACAGAUCUUCCAUCAGGAAGUGGACAAUACACUCAUCUUUGAAGCACGAUUUGAGAGUGGUAAUUUGCAGAAGGUGGUUAAAAUCAGAAAUGAAUUUGAAUACCAGCUGACACUGAGAACUGACCUCUACACAAGCAGGCACGUGCAAUGGUUUUACUUCCAAGUAAGCAAUACUCAGGCAGGGAUGCCUUAUCGCUUCACCAUUGUCAACUUCAGCAAGCGUAGAAGCCUGUACAGGCAUGGUUUGCGGCCGCUGCUGUACUCAGAAGUUGAUGCUAAGGAACACAACAUUGGCUGGCGAAGGACAGGAAAUGAAAUCAAGUAUUACAAAACCAAUGUGAGUGAAGGUGGACGUCAGUAUUUCUCACUGACAUGGACAUUUCAGUUUCCUCAUGACAGAGACACUUGCUAUUUUGCCCACUGCUAUCCUUACACCUACUCCAACCUGCAGGAGUACCUGGUGGCCAUCUCUAAAGAUCCAAUGAAGUCCAAGUUCUGCAAGACUCAUAUCUUGUGCCAUUCCCUGGCAGGAAACACAGUACACGUCUUAACUAUCACCAACCCCCCUGAAAGUGGCAAGGACACAAAGAGAAAGGCUGUGAUUCUAACUGCAAGAGUGCAUCCUGGAGAAACCAACAGCUCCUGGAUAAUGAAGGGCAUUCUGGAUUACAUUCUUGGUAAUUCAGGCAACGCUCAUCAGCUCCGGGACACUUUUGUCUUCAAAGUGGUACCAAUGUUGAACCCAGAUGGUGUGAUUGUGGGAAAUCAUCGCUGCUCUUUAGCAGGUCAUGACUUGAACCGCAAAUACAAAUCUAAAGUGAAGAAAUGUUAUCCUUCAAUCUGGUAUACCCGAAACAUGAUCAGAAGAGUGAUGGAGAAGCGUGACAUUUUUCUGUAUUGUGACAUCCAUGGUCACAACAGAAAACAAAAUGUCUUCAUGUACGGUUGUGAGAGAGAGCAGGAGCCAAAAGCACGGCACUUGUGUCCACGUGCCUUUCCACUCUUGCUGAGCAAGAAUUGCCCAGAUAAGUUCUCGUUCCCAGACUGCCGUUUCAGAGUACGUAAGAGCAAAGAAAGCACAGGUCGAGUUGUAAUGUGGAAGAUGGGCAUCAACAACAGCUACACUUUGGAAGCCUCUGUUUGUGGCUCUAAGCUGGGCUGGAGACGAAGCACCCAUUUUGAUAUCAAAGAUUUUGAGUCAAUAGGACAGCAUUUCUGUGAUGCUCUCUUGAACUACUCUGUGGAUAAUAAGGAGGAGCAUGAGCAAAUAGUGACGCAGCAAGCUAAGGUGGGCUCCGCAGUCCUGAAUUCUGAUGCAUUAGACUGGGAUUCCAGCAGCCGAUCUUCUGACAGCUCAGACUCCUACGAUAUUGCUGCACACCGGCUAAAAUUAGGUACUAAGAAUAAAAACAAACCAUCAGGAGAUCCCUUUAGCAGCACUGCUACGGACAGAAGUCAUGAAAGCAGAAAUUCCCCAGGCACUGAAAUUCAACACAAGAUAUUUCAUGAACUUCACCCAGUAGACAAAGUUAAAUUGCCAAUGACAGCCUCUACCAAACAAGUAGGAAAGUAUUUCAGCUCUGAAAGACUCACCUGUAAUACUAACAGCAAUUGUGAAAAGCCAUCUGUGCCACAGGAGCCAGGAAAAAGUGUAUUUUGUGACAUAAUCCUAUCCAGAAGAGAAAAUUUCCAUUCAUCCAGCUUUAAUUUGAUCUCUCAGAAGACAAAGAAACAUAAUGGCAAAAGUGUCUCCAACUCUUCACAGAAGACAUUUCAGUAUUUUAAAGGUCAUGACCAUGGUGCAAAGAGCAAUUCAAAAAGGGAAGAACGAAAAACAGGGAGGCUCUCCUCAAAACCCAGAAAACUUGAGAAAAACAGGGCAGCAAGACAAGCUGUAACGUUUAAGAAGAGUAAAUCCUGCCAGGCACAAAGCGCAUCACAGUUCUCCCUGCCCUUAGUGCCUGAAGCAGAGAACAGAUAACCUGCUGCAAAAUAUCCGGGUGUGUUUUGGAGCCCCAGUUCUUCAGCGAAGAAAGGCAUGUGAAAGAGUCAUCUAUAUGAUUUACUUAAACAAUUCCCAGAACUUUGACUAUGGAUUACGGCUAGCAGUGAGGGAGCACAAAACCCGCAGAGACAAUAAAUUCCUCUUGCCCUUUUUUUCUGGAAAACUGUUCACACACAGCUGGCUAAUGUGCUUAUGUAGUUUCUCUUACCAUGUGAAGAAUUAUCCCAAAUCCUAAACAAGUUUAUUUGGGAGUGUUUCCUGAGUGUAAAGCAUCAUUUGUACUAAACUAUACAUACUGAUUCUGUGGGGCAAUCUUCACUUGCAGAAGGAGCUGCAUGAAUUUCUGAGUGUCACCCAUUCACCUCAACUCUAUUUGGGAGCUUUCCUAAGAUCCUAAAGGAGAGGGAUUAUUCACUGAGCAACUGAAGCCACCAUUCACUGAUUAUAAACCAUGAGAAUCAUUUUCCUUUUCACCAACAAAUAAAUUCUACAUGGAAAAGCAUUUGACAUAAAAUCUGUAUGCAAAUUCUGGAAUUCCUUGCUAACGGAUGUUGUGGAUGUGUGGAUGUAAAAAAUGUGCAUGGAUUCAGGUGGACAUGUGCCUUAAAAAUCACCACAUGGAGUUUUUAAAUAGAUAGGCUGCGUAUGGUUUGGGAAAUGUCCUCAGCAGUCAUGAGUGAGAAGAGAGGAAAGUGCUUAGGAAAUGUAUUGUGCAUGUUCUGUUUCUAGUCCCUGCUCAGCAUCCACACAGAAUCAGUCACCUAGGAGACAGACUGCUGUGAAAAGUGGCCCCUUGUUCUAAGCCAGUAUGGCCAUUCAUGUGUCCUUAUGUACCUGGGUAACAUUUUACUCAUUAUAGUCAUAUGUCUGCAUGGUUUGCAUUGUCUUAAGGUGUACAGCACUGUACAGACAUCUGGAAGAAGAGAUGAAAAAUAUGCUUCUUUAAACAGGUACUAAGUUUUGUCUCCUUUAUAUUGUGUAGUACUUAGGAUUGUCCCUUAAGUUUAGCAGGCUUCCUCACUCUACCUCAUCUCUGUCUUUACUACGUACUCCAUUGUAACGUGUAAUCACGGCCAUCAAGUUUUUAGCAUUUGAGAGGAGCUAGGCUAGAAUUGCCAGUAGUAAAUAAAGCCUAAGUUAUUUUUCUCUUCAAGAAGGAAGAACUGGCCACAUCUGAUAUCCAAAGGGAAUAGGAUUCAGCCUCACAGAGUCCUAAAUUCAGCAGACAUGCAGACAACACAAAGCCAUUUAGCUUUGCGCUACCAUGGACUGAAGUCCAAGACAAGGUCUUAGCUUCUCAGUUGCCUCACCAUAUAGCUAUAGGAAGAGAAGUAUACACUUGGUUCAGUUUCACUAAGAUUUAUUUCUUUUUAGUUACCAGCAGAUU